CACAAAUUACGAGGAAAUGAUAAUUAGACAGAUUUACCGGUGAAGGGAAGACGCGAUAUUGAGCAGCGACACCCAAGGUUCUAAUAUCUAAUUUAAAAAAUUAGAAUUUAGAGUUUUGAAACUAUUGAUAUCGAAGAAUGAGUAUAAAUAAACAAUACAAACUAUAAGGUAAUAUGCGAAUAUUUUGGAUGCAAAGCCCUUUUUUCGUUUUUUCAAUUUACGUUUUGGCUUCUUGUCAUGGUCAAAGAAUAUGUUCAACACAUUAUCACUGUUACGACAAAAAUACAAACAUUACUUAUAAAGAUGGAGAUGUUUGGAAUUCAAUCAAUUAUCAAAAAAAUUCGUGUGCCGAAUGUAUCUGCAUGGAAACUAAGGAAUAUACUGUAUCUUGCUUUGAUCUGGAAUUUAUCAAUAAAAGCGACGCAAAAAGUCGAAUGAAACGCCACUACAAAAUUUCUGAUAGCGAGAAAAAAUACGGAGUGCCUCCAUCUUCUCGCAACACCAUAGUACAUUAUGACAUUGAACACAUAGAGGAGGACGCCUUCAAAAUAAAAUGCCGUAAAGGAACGAUCAAUGCAACGAUGCAACGAUCAGGAAAAAUUAAUUCGAAAAGUGAAAGGAUCAUAAUAAAACAAAAUCAUCACUUUUUUACUAAAAGAAUAAUGCAUUGCUGCAAAAAGGUAUCGUUCUACAGAGAUGUCGAUCCAUCCUGCACUGUCGUAUUUGAUGAACUUUGUAAUUCUCAAGUUGUUAACAGAAGAUUUCCAGAACUUCCUUGCAAUAAACCAUUUAAACUAACUGUUAGCUAAACAGUGCAUUUUUUUCUCGACUUUCUGUCUAUAUCUUUUUUGUGGGUAAAAAUCUUUAUGAAUAUAAUUUCAGUUUAAUAUUUUAUAUGGAUAGAUCUUUUCAAGCAUGCUGUUGGCUUGGGAAUAUUUUACGUACUUCUCCAUAUUUAAAUAUUUGAUAACUACAGGCUCCUGGAGCGUCGCAUUGGAAUUUGGAAGAUUCAGAUUUUUUUACCAUUGAUACACAAAAAUUCAAUAUGGCGGAAUUCUUACUAAACGCGAUGUAAGACGCGAGUGUAAA